ACUGGUAACAUACAAUAAUUAGGUUAUCUUCGUCUGCAACUUGAUCUCAUUAGUGUGGAGACUACCAUGUGUUUGCGAAUGUGUGAUUGAAAAGUGGUCCUACAUUCUUUUCCUUUUUUUGUUGUUGUUUUGAUAAAGGAUUUUCUGAUGUCAUGAAUAAACUAGUACAAGCAAGGGUGGGUUGGUAUGUCAUGACCUCAGAAAACGAGAGCAGAAUAAAAACCAAAUAAUACAUCGGAGGGGUAUCCACCGCAGGGAUAUCGGUCGCAAGGCAACCCACAGCAGGGCGAUACUCCUCCAUCUGCGCCGGAAUAUCUCCACCACCGCAGCAUCAGAAGAAACAUCAGAGCCCUUAUUGGUGUCUAGAAGAAUGAAACCUAGAAAAGAAACAACAAUGACUCAGUACAAUCAACCUCCCGUUGGUGUUCCUCCUCCUCAAGGUUAUCCACCAGAGGGGUAUCCACCGCCGGGAUAUCCGCCGCAAGGUUACCCACCGCAGGGAUACCCACAGCAAAGCUAUACUCCUCCGUAUGCGCCGCAAUAUCCUCCACCACAGCAGAAUCAGCAGCCGCAUCAACAGAGCAGUACUACUGGGUGUCUACAAGGAUGGAUGAACAUGCUUACAUUCAAACAUUGAACUGGUACUGGUUAUAGACUACAUUGCAUAUUUAAAGCAAUUGAAUUUGGUAAGCAACGGAAGUUUUUCACCCAACUUCUUCUCAAUAAAAUAAUAAAAACAUUUUUUUAUAAAAAGAAAAGAGAUGAUAGACACUUGAGAAACGAUUGUCAUAUAAAAAACUCUUUGACUUCUGUUGAAAAACUGUGUUACUAUGUACUCCCUUCGUUUGUAAGUGAUGUUUAGGAUUUUUGUUUUGUUUCAGUUUAAAUGAUGUUCUUAAGUUUCAUGCAAAAAGUAAAUGUAAUUUGAAAUUUAAAACCAUUUGUAUAUGGCUGUAUAAAUUCUUAUUGAUUGAAUUAGCUGUAGUUAUUGUUUUUUAUGGGAUAAAUUAAAUAAAAAUUAGUAAUUCUUUAA